AUGGAUCAAUAUGAAUAUAAUCGUGUGCCAAUUGUUCUAAGACGAAUCAAUCCUCAAUGGUCAUCGAAAAUAACACCAUAUGAUGAUAGAGAACAUUAUGGAAAGCGUUAUAUGUCGGAUAUUCAAUCAAAUAUAUCAACUAAAUCAUUAGGUAUUCAGCCACUAUCAUCAACAAAAAAAAUCAAAUUAAACAAUAAUAAAAAUCAAUAUGAACAACCUUGGUUAACUUCAGAAUUAUCAAUGAAUUAUGUUGAAUUACCAUCAAAUAGAAAUUUUCAAAAUGAUCUUUAUUAUCAACCAUUGAAUAUUGAUGAUAAACGAGAUCAACGAUAUAUCUUUCCUAAUGACUUUUCAUUUAUUCAAAGCAAAGCUUAA